AUGGCGUUGUUUGACUGGAUACUAGACAAUUUUUUCCUCAUGCCUUCCCCGCCUCCUAGUCGAAGAAUUGUUAAUAAUGAACAGAGAAAAAAGCUGGUAGUUGCAGCUAUUGACUUCGGUACAACAUAUUCUGGCUACGCGUAUUCCUUUCUGGAUGAAUACAAGAAAGACCCAUUAAAGAUAUACGCGAACGCUGAUUGGUCAGAUGGAUCGGGAAUGGUGACGCCAAAAGCCCCAACUGUUGUGCUGUUUGACAAGGCGAAGCAGUUUCAUUCCUUUGGGUUCGAAGCCGAGACGAAGUAUAACAAUCUCGCGAAUGAUGAUGAACAUAAAGGCUGGCGGUAUUUCAGAAGAUUCAAAAUGACAUUGUUUCAAAACAAUCGGCUAAGUCGCCGUACAAAAAUUGAUGACGAACAAGGCCAGAAAAUGCCAGCGUUACAUGUAUUUGCAGCCGCUAUACAGUUCUUAAAGGACCAUUUGCUAGCACGCCUGAGAAAUAGGAGCAACGAUUUGCUUCCAACUGAUAUUAACUGGGUGCUGACAGUACCUGCCAUUUGGGAAGACGCAGCAAAACAGUUCAUGACAAUUGCAGCAGAAAAGGCUGGUAUACCGAGCGACCAGCUCAGUCUUGCCUAUGAGCCGGAGGCUGCUGCUGUUUUCUGCAAACAUAUUAACUUUACUCUAUCAACGGCGGGAGGUCAAGCUGCUGAACUGGAACCUUUCGGUGCGGGAUCCAAGUUCAUGGUUAUAAAUCUUGGAGGAGGUACUGCCGAUAUUACCGUUCACGAAGUGCAGUAUGACGGGACGCUGGCCGCUCUCGCUGCGCCAUCGGGCGGGCCUUGGGGUGGAACCUUGGUGGAGAGUCAGUUGGACAAGUUCCUCAUUGGGUUUUUGGGCAUCAGUACUGCUGUGCCGUUUGACUACAAUAAGCAUUCCGUAGUGCACAAAUACACGCGAUCAGAUGGAAUCGAGGUGUGUGAAGAUAUUUUCAAAACGUUUAUUUUGAAAGGAGACACAGUUGCUCCCGAGAAAAAGUCCGCCGAACACACUUUCAACUCACCUACUGCAGGCAACACGCAAGUAACAGUUGAAGUAUACAAAUCGGGGGAUGAUACUCCUCCAAUGUAUUCUUCCGACUGCAGAAGAGUAGGGGAACUAGUGUUACAGACAAGGUCCUGCCAGAUGGGCCAGAAAGCUUUGAUAAAAGUGAAAAUGAUGUUUGGAGGAACGAAGGAUUCGGUGGAGGCACAAGAGCAGGGUACACUGGGAAUGAACAAGGUUGAAGCUAAAUUUGACUGGUUAAAGAAUUAA